ACAAGGGCCGGGGGGUUUAUGGCUGUUUUGAGACGUUGAAAGAUGAGAUGAGGACGAAACUCAAGGUUCAUGUGUCUUGGAUGAGGGCCGAGAGUGAGGGUGCUACGUAUGUGGUAUUGCAAUGUUUUUGGAGUUCUCGCGCGGGUUAUCCGAGUUGAGUGGAGCGACUCAGUGAUGAGGUUUGUGUUGUGGGGAUGUGAUCACGGGAAUACUGAGGAUCGAGUCGCGCGGAGCUGAGAGAGGGUUCGUGUUUGACGGUGUUUAGUCGAGGCUCCUGGCGUUCAGUCGUUGUGGAGUUUGUCUUUUCUAGUGCAUUGUGCAGUUUCUGAUUGCUGUUUUUGACAGGUAGUCUCUCGGAGAAUCCAUUAGUGCGUUUGUUGAGGCAUCACGCGGGACCUUCCCAUUAUGAGAGUUUCUUGGAUGAGGUAUGAUCCUUUGUAAGGCUUCACGUGUAGAAUCGCUGCACAAUGGAACAUAGACCUCUUGGGUACUGUCUAGCAGAUUUCCUCGUUCUUGAUGAAUCCGCACACUCUGCUGUUGAUAAUUCCUUCUCAGAUUGUGGAAUUUCCUCGUCAAUGGCGACGUCUUCCGGCAGAUUUCUGCAGAGUACAGGAGAUCACAGCUUUUUAAGUUCCAACUCUACCUGCUACUGGAUUGGUGCUGACGCAGGUGUCAUUGGUAGUGGUUGCUGAUGGCAGUGCAGACCGGCAUCGGACAUAUUGUUUAUGUCUUGCUCCCAAGGACCACAGUUUGACGAUCAGCAAGUGUUUGCGUCGUGUGUCAUAUUCGAAUUAAGAGUGCAUGUUUUUUUUUUUUUUUUUUUUUUUUUUUUUCCUACCUUGGAGGUAAUUCGUAAAUACUCAGUAAUCUGCAAAGACGGUUCAUGACCUUGCAGGUAUCGUGCGUAAGGGGAUAGCAAAACUUGGGUGAUUCUGUGUGUCAAAAGCAUUAAGUGAAAUUCGAGUUCCGAUCCCAUGCGAUAUUCCAAAACCAUCGCGUUGUACAGAAGGCUGCGUGGUUGCAUCCGCAAAUUAGAAACGUCAAUACAGCAGUUUGGGACGUGUAGAGCUUAGCUGGUGGGUGGGUGGUUUGGUUCUGUCAGGGAUUAGCCGUUAUACAAUCACGCGAAUAGGGUUUGUGUGUAAUGGAUUUGGAUACUGUAAUCUCCAGUGGCUCUUCACAGCGCUUGUGAAAUAUUAGUUAAUGUUGUACAGUGGUGUGGUGUAACUGACGAAGCAAGGGUGGUGGACACUGAGAGAACUUGCGUUCUGUCUGAGUGUCGAGGGUAACGGUGUUUGGAAGGCGCAUCGAACAUAUUUGGUUGCAAAGGCGUUGUAAAAACAGAUUGAGGGUGUACUGGAAAGGUCUGGUGAACUGGAGCUGAUUUUUUAUGAGGCUGAACAAGGCAGGUUUAUUGCAUAGUAAUCAACGGCAGAAUGGGCAAUUGUUGUGUAGGGUCUUCCACCAAAAAGUCUAGGCAGGAACGCAGGACGAAUCCAUUCGCUCCUCAGGAUGGUUUUCAGUCCACCAACCAAAUUUUGAAGAAUCAGCCGAAGGCAAGAAUAUUGGACAAGUAUGUGCUAGGCAGAGAGCUCGGGCGCGGAGAGUUUGGAAUCACGUAUUUAUGCACGGACAAGGAAACGCAGGAUGUUUUUGCAUGCAAGUCUAUUUCAAAGAAGAAGCUCAGGACUGCUGUGGAUGUGGAGGAUGUCCGGCGAGAGUUUGCAAUUAUGAAACACCUGCCCGAGCAUCCUCACGUAGUUACCCUCAAAGGUGCAUAUGAAGAUGACAACGCCGUGCACCUAGUCAUGGAGCUUUGCGAAGGAGGGGAGCUCUUCGAUCGGAUUAUUGCACGAGGGCAUUACACGGAGCGAGGCGCAGCUCAAGUGACCCGCACCAUCAUGGAGGUGGUUCAAGCGUGUCACAGACAGGGGGUGAUGCACCGGGACCUGAAGCCGGAGAAUUUCCUCUUUGCGAACAAGGACGAGAACUCGCCCUUGAAGGCCAUCGACUUCGGUCUGUCCGUCUUCUUCAAGCCAGGGGAGAAGUUCUCGGAGAUUGUGGGCAGUCCGUACUACAUGGCACCCGAAGUGCUGAAGAGGAACUACGGGCCGGAGGUGGACGUGUGGAGCGCCGGGGUGAUCCUGUACAUCUUGCUGUGCGGGGUGCCUCCGUUCUGGGCGGAGACGGAGCAGGGCGUGGCGCAGGCGAUUCUACGGGGGAUACUGGACUUCAAAAGGGAUCCAUGGCCAAAGGUGUCGGAGUCGGCGAAGUCAGUAGUGAGGCACAUGCUGGAACCGGAUCCGAAAGCUCGGUACAAUGCGCAGCAGGUGUUGGAUCAUCCCUGGCUGCAGAACGCGAAGAAAAACCCGAACGUGCCGCUGGACACGGUGCGGUCACGGCUGAAGCAGUUUUCGGCGAUGAACAAGCUGAAGAAGAGGGCUUUGCAGGUAAUAGCAGAGCACCUGGGUGGGGAGGAGAUCGACGGGUUGAAGGAGAUGUUCGAGAAGCUGGACAGCGACAACACGGGCACUAUUACAUUCGAGAAACUGAAAAUGGGGCUGAUUGAGAUUGGAUCUCAACUGACGGAACACGAAGUGCGGAUGCUGAUGGAGGCAGCGGACGUGGACGGGAACCGGACGCUGGACUACGGGGAGUUCGUGGCAGCGACAGUGCAUCUGCAGCGUCUAGACGACGACGACCACUUACGUAGGGCGUUCGACGUUUUCGAUGUGAACGAAAGCGGGUUCAUAGAGGUGGAGGAGUUGAGGGAAGCGGUGGGAGAGUCUUUGAUGGGGUCGUCGAGCGAAUCGGACGUGGUGCAGGCGAUUCUGUCGGAGGUGGACCUGGACAAGGAUGGACGGAUCAGUUACGAGGAGUUUGCAAUGAUGAUGCGGCGGGGCACAGAUUGGAGGAAAGCUUCGCGUCAGUACUCACGGGAUCGGUUCAACAGUUUGAGCACGAGGCUGCUGAGGGACGGGUCAUUGAAUCCUUCAAGCUAUUCGACGAGGUAGAGUGAGUCAGCUGCUGAGAGAAGUAAUUGACUUGCCACAAUUCGAUGCACCCUUUUGAGCAUCAAGCGCCUGAUGAGGACCUCAGAAGCUGUUAAUGGGUAAGUGGUGCAGGUUCGGAAAGGUGGUAUGAGCUUCUCGAGGUGGCACUGUGAGGUGGAUGGGCGGUGUAUAGCUCCUGCACCAGAUGACAUUUUUGGUUGGGGUUGAUGGUAGUUCUGUUUUAGGUUAAGAUGCAAUAGAUGGUGGUCUGAGGGAAUGCGCAGCACCAAUGUAAGGUUCAUUUGCAGAAGAUUGAGACUGUAGGAUACUUGUGCACACAGUUUUGGGCUUGGUGCCUAGCAGUAGACACGAACUUUGUAACAUAUUAGUUUCAUAAUUUCUCACAAUUUGAUUCUUGAUACCAGCUUACUAGAAA